GAGAUGAGGAGAUAGGCGGGAGCGAGGGAGCGAGGGAGCGAGGGAGGGAGUGAGAGAGGUAAAGAAGAGCGGAGGAGAGGGGAGCGAGCGCAGCUUGGUUGCUCCGUAGUACGGCGGCUCGCGAGGGAGAAUCCCGAGCGGACUCCGGGACGCACGGAGAGGCGGGCGGGGAUGGUGUGCAGGGCUGCGGCUCCUGCGUCCCUCCCCGCGGCGAGUGAGCUGCACUGAUUUGUCCCUGGGGCGGCAGCGCGGACCCGCCUGGAGAUGAGGCGUCCAUUAGCAAGGCAAAAGUAACAGAACCAUGGCUCAGUUUCCAACACCUUUUGGUGGUAGCCUGGAUAUCUGGGCCAUAACUGUAGAGGAGAGAGCGAAGCAUGAUCAGCAGUUCCAUAGUUUAAAGCCAAUAUCUGGAUUUAUUACUGGUGAUCAAGCUAGAAACUUUUUUUUUCAAUCUGGGUUACCUCAACCUGUUUUAGCACAGAUAUGGGCGCUAGCUGAUAUGAAUAAUGAUGGAAGAAUGGAUCAAGUGGAGUUUUCCAUAGCUAUGAAACUUAUCAAACUGAAACUUCAAGGAUAUCAGCUCCCCCCCGCACUUCCCCCUGUCAUGAAACAGCAACCUGUUGCUAUUUCUAGCACGCCAGCGUUUGGUAUGGGAGGUAUCGCCAGCAUGCCACCACUUACAGCGGUUGCUCCAGUGCCAAUGGGACCCAUUCCAGUUGUUGGAAUGUCUCCACCCCUAGUAUCUUCUGUUCCUCCAGCAGCAGUGCCUCCCCUGGCUAACGGGGCUCCCCCUGUUAUACAACCUCUGCCUGCAUUUGCUCAUCCUGCAGCCACUUUGCCAAAGAGUUCUUCUUUUAGUAGGUCUGGUCCAGGGUCACAAUUAAACACUAAAUUACAGAAGGCACAAUCAUUUGACGUGGCUAGUGUCCCUCCAGCAGCAGAAUGGGCUGUUCCUCAGUCGUCCAGACUGAAAUACCGACAGUUAUUCAACAGUCAUGACAAAACUAUGAGUGGACACUUAACAGGUCCUCAAGCAAGAACUAUUCUUAUGCAAUCCAGUUUACCACAGGCUCAGCUGGCUUCAAUAUGGAAUCUUUCUGACAUUGAUCAAGAUGGAAAACUCACAGCAGAAGAAUUUAUCCUGGCUAUGCACCUAAUUGAUGUAGCUAUGUCUGGCCAGCCACUGCCUCCUGUCCUGCCUCCAGAAUACAUUCCACCUUCCUUUAGAAGAGUUCGAUCUGGCAGUGGCGUAUCUGUCAUAAGCUCAACCUCGGUAGAUCAGAGGUUACCAGAGGAACCAGCUUUAGAAGAUGAACAACAACAACUAGAAAAGAAAUUGCCUGUAACAUUUGAAGAUAAGAAGCGUGAGAAUUUCGAACGCGGCAAUCUGGAACUGGAAAAGCGAAGACAGGCUCUGUUGGAGCAACAGCGGAAAGAGCAGGAGCGCCUGGCACAGCUAGAGCGGGCGGAGCAGGAGCGGAAGGAGCGGGAGCGCCAGGAGCAGGAGCGCAGAAGACAGCUGGAGCUGGAGAAGCAGCUGGAAAAGCAGCGGGAGCUGGAGCGGCAGAGAGAGGAGGAGCGGAGGAAGGAGAUCGAGAGGAGGGAGGCCGCAAAACGAGAACUUGAAAGGCAACGACAACUCGAAUGGGAACGAAAUCGAAGACAAGAACUAUUAAAUCAGAGAAACAAAGAACAAGAGGACAUAGUGGUACUGAAAGCAAAGAAAAAGACUUUGGAAUUUGAAUUAGAAGCUCUAAAUGAUAAAAAGCAUCAACUGGAAGGAAAACUUCAAGAUAUCAGAUGUCGAUUGACGACCCAGAGGCAAGAAAUUGAGAGUACAAACAAAUCCAGAGAGUUGAGAAUUGCUGAAAUCACCCAUCUACAGCAGCAAUUGCAGGAGUCUCAGCAAAUGCUUGGAAGACUUAUUCCAGAAAAGCAGAUACUCAAUGACCAAUUAAAACAAGUUCAGCAGAACAGUUUGCACAGAGAUUCACUUCUUACACUCAAAAGAGCCUUAGAAGCAAAAGAACUAGCUCGACAGCAGCUACGAGACCAACUGGAUGAAGUUGAGAAAGAAACUAGAUCAAAACUACAGGAGAUUGAUAUUUUCAACAAUCAGCUGAAGGAACUAAGAGAAAUACAUAAUAAACAGCAACUCCAGAAACAAAAGUCCAUAGAGGCUGAACGACUGAAACAGAAAGAACAGGAGCGAAAGAUCAUAGAAUUAGAAAAACAGAAAGAAGAAGCCCAAAGACGAGCUCAGGAAAGGGACAAGCAGUGGCUUGAGCACGUGCAGCAGGACGAUGAGCAUCAGCGACCAAGAAAGCUCCACGAUGAGGAAAAACUCAAAAGGGAAGAGAGUGUCAAAAAGAAGGACGGCGAGGAAAAAGGCAAACAGGAAAUGCAAGACAAGCUGAGUCGGCUUUUCCAUCAACACCAAGAACCAGCUAAGCCAGCUGUCCAAGCACCCUGGUCCACCGCAGAAAAAGGCCCACUUACAAUUUCUGCGCAGGAGAAUGUGAAAGUGGUGUAUUACCGAGCUCUGUAUCCCUUUGAAUCCAGAAGUCACGAUGAAAUCACGAUCCAGCCGGGAGAUAUAGUCAUGGUGGACGAAAGCCAAACUGGAGAACCGGGAUGGCUUGGAGGAGAAUUAAAAGGAAAGACGGGAUGGUUUCCUGCGAACUACGCAGAGAAAAUCCCAGAAAACGAGGCUCCUGCUCCAGGCAAACCAGUGACUGACCUGUCUUCCACCCCUGCACCCAAACUGGCUGUGCGGGAGACACCCACUCCGUUGGCAGCGACCUCGUCAGAGCCCUCCACGACCCCCAACAACUGGGCCGACUUCAGCUCCACGUGGCCCACCAGCACAAAUGAGAAGCCAGAAACAGAUAACUGGGACGCAUGGGCAGCCCAGCCCUCUCUCACCGUUCCUAGUGCCGGCCAGUUAAGGCAGAGAUCGGCUUUUACUCCAGCCACGGCCACCGGCUCCUCUCCAUCUCCUGUUUUAGGCCAGGGUGAAAAGGUGGAGGGGCUACAGGCGCAGGCCCUGUACCCUUGGAGAGCCAAGAAAGACAACCAUUUAAAUUUUAACAAAAACGAUGUCAUCACCGUCCUGGAACAGCAAGACAUGUGGUGGUUUGGAGAAGUUCAAGGUCAGAAGGGCUGGUUCCCCAAGUCCUACGUGAAACUCAUUUCAGGGCCCGUAAGGAAAUCUACAAGCAUGGAUUCUGGCUCUUCGGAAAGUCCUGCCGCUAGUCUAAAGAGAGUGGCUUCCCCAGCAGCCAAGCCAGCCGUUUCGGGAGAAGAAUUUAUUGCCAUGUACACUUACGAGAGUUCUGAGCAAGGCGAUUUAACCUUUCAGCAAGGGGAUGUGAUUUUGGUUACCAAGAAAGAUGGUGACUGGUGGACAGGAACAGUGGGCGACAAGUCCGGAGUCUUCCCUUCUAACUAUGUGAGGCUUAAAGAUUCAGAGGGCUCUGGAACUGCUGGGAAAACAGGGAGUUUAGGAAAAAAACCUGAAAUCGCCCAGGUUAUUGCUUCCUACACUGCUACCGGUCCUGAGCAGCUCACCCUGGCCCCUGGUCAGCUGAUCUUGAUCCGAAAAAAGAACCCAGGUGGAUGGUGGGAAGGAGAGCUGCAAGCACGUGGGAAAAAGCGCCAGAUAGGCUGGUUCCCUGCUAAUUAUGUAAAACUUUUAAGCCCCGGGACAAGCAAAAUCACUCCAACAGAGCCACCGAAGCCCACGGCACUCCCAGCAGUGUGCCAGGUGAUCGGGAUGUACGAUUACACCGCCCAGAACGAUGACGAACUGGCCUUCAGCAAGGGCCAGAUCAUCAACGUCCUCAACAAGGAGGACCCCGACUGGUGGAAAGGAGAAGUCAAUGGACAAGUGGGGCUCUUCCCGUCCAAUUAUGUGAAGCUGACCACAGACAUGGACCCAAGCCAGCAAUGGUGUUCAGACUUACAUCUCUUGGAUAUGUUGACCCCGACUGAACGAAAGCGACAAGGAUACAUCCACGAACUCAUUGUCACAGAAGAGAACUAUGUGAAUGACCUGCAGCUGGUCACAGAGAUCUUUCAGAAACCCCUGAUGGAGUCCGAGCUGCUGACAGAGAAAGAGGGCGCCACGAUGUUUGUGAACUGGAAGGAGCUGGUCAUGUGCAACGUCAAGCUGCUGAAAGCGCUGAGGGUUCGCAAGAAGAUGUCCGGGGAGAAGAUGCCUGUGAAGAUGAUCGGCGACAUCCUGACGGCCCAGCUGCCGCACAUGCAGCCCUACAUCCGCUUCUGCAGCUGCCAGCUCAACGGGGCUGCCCUGAUCCAGCAGAAGACGGACGAGGCCCCGGACUUCAAGGAGUUUGUUAAAAGAUUGGCGAUGGACCCUCGCUGUAAAGGAAUGCCCCUCUCUAGUUUUAUACUGAAGCCUAUGCAACGGGUAACGAGAUACCCACUGAUCAUUAAAAAUAUCCUGGAAAACACUCCUGAGAACCACCCCGACCACAGCCACUUGAAGCACGCCCUGGAGAAGGCGGAGGAGCUGUGUUCCCAGGUGAACGAAGGGGUGCGGGAGAAGGAGAACUCGGACCGCCUGGAGUGGAUCCAAGCCCACGCUCAGUGUGAAGGCCUGUCUGAGCAACUUGUGUUCAAUUCAGUGACCAAUUGUUUGGGGCCACGCAAGUUUCUGCACAGUGGGAAACUCUACAAGGCCAAGAGCAACAAGGAGCUGUACGGCUUCCUCUUCAACGACUUCCUCCUGCUGACCCAAAUUAUAAAGCCCCUGGGCUCUUCCGGCACCGACAAAGUCUUCAGCCCCAAAUCUAACCUGCAGUAUAAAAUGUACAAAACACCUAUUUUCCUAAAUGAGGUUCUAGUAAAAUUACCCACGGACCCUUCUGGAGACGAGCCCAUCUUCCACAUCUCCCACAUUGACCGAGUCUACACCCUCCGAGCAGAAAGCAUAAACGAAAGGACUGCCUGGGUGCAGAAAAUCAAAGCUGCGUCUGAACUCUACAUAGAGACGGAGAAAAAGAAGCGGGAGAAGGCCUACCUGGUCCGUUCCCAAAGAGCGACAGGGAUUGGAAGGUUGAUGGUCAACGUCGUUGAAGGCAUUGAGCUGAAACCUUGCCGGUCACACGGAAAGAGUAACCCGUACUGCGAGGUGACCAUGGGCUCCCAGUGUCACAUCACCAAGACGAUCCAGGACACGCUGAACCCCAAGUGGAAUUCCAACUGCCAGUUCUUCAUCAAGGACCUGGAGCAAGAGGUUCUCUGCAUCACCGUGUUUGAGAGGGACCAGUUCUCCCCAGACGAUUUUUUGGGUCGGACGGAGAUCCGUGUGGCCGACAUCAAGAGGGACCAGGGUUCCAAGGGUCCAGUUACCAAGUGUCUCCUGCUGCAUGAGGUCCCCACGGGAGAGAUCGUGGUCCGCCUGGACCUUCAGUUGUUUGAUGAACCGUAGGGGGCGUGCGUCAGAGUUCCAGCCCGGGCCGGCCGAUGCCGUCUGGAGAUGGUGUUGCUUUUCCAAGACCACCAUUUGGUGUUCAGCCCCGGUGCAGCGGGACAGCAAAGACAGGCCCCUUAAUGAUUCUAGGAAUAAUUCUCGACAAUCCUCCCCCCACCCCAAACAACUUCCCAUUUUAUGAAACAAAACUGUUUCCUUUAUCGUCGCUACAGGUCUCAUCAUGGUGUCCAGGGUCUUGGAAAUCUGGUAGCUCUCAGCUAGGUUUGGUUGGGAGUCUGGCCCGUCCCUGGGCCUGAGGCUUGGGCCUGGUUACUGUAAAACAGAUUUAUAAAUAGAACAUCUGUAUUUUCGGAGAACUCAUAUAACCCUCCUAUUUCUUACCUCCACCAGCCCCCAGUAGGACCCUUGACCCACGAUGCCUAGUCCUUGGUGUGUUUAGAAAAAAUUACGAUGGUCACGUCAAUGCUUCGGAAUCUCAUUACCCUACUGAGACCUUAUUUGAAAUGCUGCCCUGGGUCUGAGCACGCGGGAGAUGGUCUCCUGAUCGGGUGCUGCACUAGCCCUUUGAAGAGUUGGUCCAUGGAGGAUGCCGGCAGGUGCGUUAGAGCCGUUCUAGUCCCUUCCAUGCCAUGUACUGAUAGGUGUCGAUGAAAACUGUCAUGAGCUACCAUCAGGGGAUUCGAUCCUGAUUUCCUGCACAGUUGGAAGAUGGUUAAGGAAGCUUCUUAGCUACAGUUUUACUCUGCUGAAUCAGAUCAUUGCAGGUCCCCUGGAAGGCUACUUUAUCACGUCCCUGGGUCCUGGUUGCUGGCCCAGUUGGAAAACUCUCUUUUGGUUUAGAGGUCCUGUGAUGUUUGGUGGCAAGAGUCAUUGCCGGUGACCAGCUCUGAGCCUGUUCUUGCUUGAAUGUGCCACAUCCUGACUGUCCUGGGAAGUCUCAGCAGCUGUCUUUGGUACGUCCCCUACAAAGGCAUCCGCAAAGGAAGAGAGAAAGCGACAAUCCGGAAGUGGGGUGGAAAGAUGUGAAGGAAAUCCCUCACGUGGUUGGGGUGAGACCCUGGGAACAUGCAGCCCCACAAGCCUGGGAAGGAAGACCUAAGACUGUUUGCCACACUCCGCCACACACAGCCAGCCUCUCAGUAAUGGAAAUCCACACGCCUCUGCCAGUUGGGAGUGUACGCCACAUGCCAAGCUGUUUGGUUUGAGUUCUUUGAUUCCACCCCCCCCACCCCCCUUAAAUGCCGGGAGAUAGGCUGGUUAACUAGCGAAUAACUUGAUUUGCGAAUGAAAGGUGUGAGUCACUUUUUCGUUCGCACGUCAAUGUUCUCGGAACCCCCAUUUGUUGGGUCAUGAAAUGUUCUUUGCGUGUGCCCUUGGCACCGAGUCUCGCUUUCGUGUGUCAGCUGAUGUUCUCUUGGAUCGUGGGUCCUUAGGAAUGAAUUAGGGCUGUAGCAGCGCUUUAUGAACGACAGCACCAGCGUGGUGGCAGAGCCGGGAGCUCUACGCAUAGCGUCACGGUUUCGGGCGAGAGCCCUGUCAGUGUUUCAAGCAGUUUUUAAAAUGUGUGUGUUGGGAAGGGCAACAAAGUUUACAUUUCAUACUUUUAAAAAACACUUUAUUAUUUAUUUAUGGAAGAUAGUGUAGAAUUUUGUAUCAAGAACAAUAGACAUAAGUAUUUUUUGAAACAAGCAGAUGUACCCUUUAGUUAGACACUUUCAACUGAACACAAUUUUAGACCACAUUUAACUCCAGGCAUGCAUUUGUUUACCACUUCACAGCAGAAAACAUGGUUAAAAUCCUUCGCGUUUCUAUUUUUUCGAUGGUGUUAAGAAACUGUUUUAAAUUAAAUCUAUAAAUAGAUGUGCAACUCAUGCUUUUCCUAUUUCUAUAACCAGUAGAGUUUGUUCAGUGUGUUUCCGAAGCACAUGCUUCACGGUAGAAACACAAGUAUGUCAUGUAUGAUGGAGCAGCGUCAGGUCACCAUGCAAUGCCUUUCUUUCUGUUCUCCCUCUGUGUUGACUUUCGUGUCCAUGUCGGGCAUCACCGUCCACGUAGGUAGGAUAUGGUGUGCACAGUGACAAACGUCCUGUCACCCUUUCAAGUCCACGUACUUGCAGAGUCCCAUUAUCAGAAUUAAUGCAGCAUGAAAAGCAAUAGGUGAGUCUUUUUCUCCCAGGCGACUACAGCGCGCAUCCCUGAGAGGCUCCUCCGGAAUAGCAAGUCUGGGCUGGUGUCCCGCACUCGCUGGUAUAACCGGCAACGUAACCGGUAAUGCAACCGGUCAUCUUUCUGGAUGAGUUAGGCUGGCCCUCCGAUCCAGAUGUGACUCAUGACUUGCGUUGGGGGUAGAAGAAGGUGGGUGAUGUCUCAGACUCUCUGACCUCGGCCCCUUCGCUUUCACCUGCUGGCUUCCUGGACUAAGUGUCAUAGAGAUGAAAUGUCCCUUGCCAAUAAGCAAUCUGUCACCUAGCUCGUUGCUUUCUCAACACGGGGUUUCUCUAGGCCUCUGCAUCCUGGCAUUCUGAGCCUAGCCCUCUGAAGCCCUGCUGUCUUCUCUCUUCUCUGAGCCACCUUGACCUCCUAGCCCAACAAGGGGCUUUGCUGCUCACCGGGCUGUGUCCUGAGGACAGGGUCCCUGGAACUGGGGCUUUGUGGACCAGCAACUCUGAAGGGACAAUCCAUAUUCCAGUCCCUCUGGGGCAGGGUUUCUGGCUGAUAUUGUCUCCCCUGGCACACAGGUAGGAAGGAUCAUCCAUUGGAACCAUGUCCGCUCUGACCACGAGAGCCUGGGAGAUGUGAUUCAUUCAGAUCCAGGGCUGGCCUGACAUGGAAAAGAGGGGGCCUUCUAGGCUAGGGUCGCUAAGGACGCUCGAGAAGCUGGGCCGGGCUUCCCUGUUUGACUGCUUGGAUGACAUGUUCCUGUCCUCUGAAGGCGGAGGACAGAGCUGUUCUCCCAAAGAACAUUAAUGUUUAAAAGGGCAUUUUUUUUCCUUCUUUGAUUUUUGAGCAACUUAAGCAUGACCUAAGUAUUCAAAAGUAACUGAUUUUAUCUGGUUGAGUAGUACGGAACUUAAUUUCCGACUUACCCAUCAGAAAAGGAGCACUGUGUCCUGUCUUGGUGACCUGGCACCCAAACCCCAGGUGUCCUCUGCGGUGGGAGUGAGGUCGGGGGGAUUAGGUGCUGGAGCCACCAGGGAAGGGUGAUUGGAGGCCUGUUGUCCAAAGCUGGGCGGCUGGGUCACCUCUCCAGGUCCUGGCUGGGGCAGGCGUAAAGCCACUGACCAUACAGAGGGGCAACAUUCCAGAUCUGACGGGGCCAGAGAACGAGGGGGAGUGGAUGAGGUGCUCCCGAUUUUAUGUGACUGGUGGCAAUCUUGGAGUAUAUUUUAAAGUUUGUCAAUACCUUGCGUGAGGAGAUUUCUCUCUGUCUAUAAUUUUUUUUCUGUUUGGUUGGGCCUUUUUCAUUCAAGAAGAAAAUUUGUUGGGGAUAUGUAGCAAUUUUAGGGAUUUCUAUUCGAAACGGCAAGCAGGUUUUCCUUUCCUUUCUUAUCCUUUUGUUUCUUUGUUUUAUUAUUUUAUUUGUUUUAUUAUUUUAUUUGUUUUAUUUAAUUUUAUUUAUUUUGGCUCCCUUCUCUUUUGGGGUUGGAGAUGAGCGUUACAGCAGACACUAGCACUUUGAAAUGGACACCUGCAUGCGUUAGAGGUGGCAGGGCUAGAGGUGAGCUCCAGGGUGGCCGCGGGUCUGCUUGCUCUGGAUGUACUCACUUCACAAGUUUGGAGCCUCCUAUGCCAGAAAGUCAGGCCGGGAAAAUAAAUGGGCCUGGAUGCUCUCAUUCUGCUUAUAGGUUUGGGAGCUUCAGCCCCUACCAGGCAGAAGCGGAGUUGGUGGCACCUGAAAUGGUGACUCAGUAAAUGGUGACUUAGAUGCUGUGGCCUGAGGCACCCUGAGAGGUAUUUGGUAAAAGCAGCACCUCUUCCUCUUUGUACCCUGGGGUGCUGAAAUGCCUGGGGGUUUCUCCAUACUCACGGGCAGUGCCCUGAGCCAUGUUUUGUGAAGCCAUUGAAUAUUGUGUAAAUGGAGUUGGAAUGUUUAUUUGGGCUAGAGGAAAGGAAAGUUCUAGAACUCCCAUUUCGUUUUGUCACCUGCAUUAUAUCAGAUCCGGGUCUGUUGGUAGGUCAUCAGGCUCGACUAAGGUCCAUAACCUGACAUCUUUAGGAGCCGGAAUCUAUUCCUGAUAAGCAUGGAAAACCCAUUCCACUUGAAGGAGAGAAAACAUCUAACUGCUUUCUAUUUGGGGAGCAUUAACUCCCAGAUGCCAACGCGUUGGAAAGUCUUAUCUCUGGGUUGUGAUCUCUUAGUAAUGCUAAAAGGUCCCCGUCCUGGGCCAGGCCACCAUCCUGGGGGCUGAGGGGUGAUGAGGAGGGGACUUGCCUUUGUGGUAUUCACAGCCUACUUGUAGGUCUCAUUUUAAGUCAUUGAAAUAACACCCAAUCGUUUGUAAAAAUUCAUCUCCACCUCCAAAUAAUUACUUCGGUGACAUGCAAAUUCAAUCAGUCUCCCCCUCUUCACUCUGGCCUUGGGGAACCAGCUAAUACCCACAUAAUUUUUUUAACACUAUGUGUAGUUGCCGUGUUUCAGGGUAAAUUUGCCCCUACAGUAUGUUAGGGUGUUUCGUGAGUUGUUUUAAAAUAGGAUACUGUUCUACUUUCUAUAUCAGCCUAUGGUGUUAAUAUUAUCUGAAUAGUGUGAAUAUUUUAGUAUUCAAAGCCCAAUACUAAACUACGCUCAUAAGUGGGCUUAUCUGGCCCGCCUUGAAAAACUUGAGCGUUUCUCUGAUAUUUACUGAGCGUUAACCAGUAACCAGGGUUUGUUUUUAUGCAGUGGUAGGAAUGCAUAUUUUUGUUGGUCUAGGAGCCUUAGUUUUGUACUCUUAUCAUUUACACCAAUAACAUUCCCGUCUGGCUGUGUUUCUAAAACUAUGUUCCUUUGCAUAUCUCCUAUUCUCCAAUCCCUUGUUUUCUCCUGUUUCUGUACGUAAACGGAACAGGGGCCUGGGGCAAAGAGGGUGACACGGGAACCAGAGAAAGCCUGAUGAUGGCUUUGCAGUAUCCGGUUUCUACCCUCUGACACCACUAGGGGGCAGUCUCCCUGUUGGAAACCUGCUGGUGGCGCCGGCACAUCCCAGGGUGCGGGCUCCACCUACUGCAGCUGCGGGAUGUUGCUGUUGGGUAAGUCACAGACCCAAAGCUGACGGUCUGAAGCUGAAGGCUGGAGAGGGAGCGAGUUAGUUAGCGGUGGGCGUAGGACUUGAACCCGGCACUCCUGGGGUACCUAGUGACAGUUUGCCCUUUCCUGCUGUUGGGGUUGGAGCGAGACCGGGGCCUUGAGCUGCAUCUGAUUUGGUGAGAGCCCUGAGACUCAGCCCUGCAGGUGUAGGUUGGAGGUGUCCCCCACUGCUGGGCUGAACUUCUGGGGCUCUCUCCCCAGCAAGGGUUCUAGAAGCCAGGUCCCCUCCACGUGGAUUGGUAAGUCUCUACCCGGAGACUUGGAUUUCCAGAAUUUCCGAUGUGAAGAACUGUGGAGGGAUGCAGAGCUCGUUGUGUGAUGUGUGUGUGAGAGUGUGCGUGUUUGCACGGCGCCGGGGAAAAUGACAGACACGUGGCCUGAACGGGGAAACGGGUUGGUCUUAUCUUCCCAUACGCCCUCUCGGGGCCUGCUGCAUCAUUUGUGGGCUGAGUGCAAAGUGAAAAUGCGAGGCUCCUUGUUCAAAAUUAUUAAGAAUUUCGAGGGGGUGACAGCAGAGAAUUAAACCGAGCGUGGAGUCUUCUAAGCACAGGGUCCCGUGUGACUGCAGGUCAUAAGCCCACGAAGCCGGCCCUGAUCACACUGUAUUUCAGUCAGUCUUUGAAGCAGGUGGGGCUUCGUCGUCUGUCUUCUUACUUUGUAAAGUCUCCCUGGCAGGUUGUGGAGAGCUGGGCUGAUAGACUUUUCAAAAUGUCUGCCUUUAUUUCAUAAAAGUGCAAAUGGUCUGGACCAUUCAGAGGGUACAAGACCCGAGCCCCUAGUUGACAGAUGUUCCUGGGGGGCCGGAGAGGGAGCCAUCUGCCCAGUCUUGGGGCUCCCAGUGCAGGCACACCACAAGGCACCAAGAGGCCUUUGAGCUUUUACGAGUUAACCCACUGAUCUGAAAUAAAACCCUUCCUUUUGGUCUUUAGUCACCCACUGGGUCCCCCCUCCCCCCAGCUUUUCCUAGUUGGACAGAGAGGCUUUUCCAGCCUCUGCCUUUAAAGUGACCAUCCGAGGAACGGGGAAGGACUCAGUGCUGCUUCCCCAGGGGCCGGAUGCUCGUUUCUCCACCGCCACUCCCUGCAGAGAGUGUGUGGAGCCAGCUGCCGCCCUCCCUGGCUGGGCCACAUGGUCCGCAGAUGUCUGGGGCACCUGCUUCUGAGAGGCAGUCACCUCCCGCCUGUGGCUCUUGAGUAGGGUGAUGUCAGGAGAAAGAACGACUGUGAGAGUAGCCUCAAGUUCUAGAAGACCACAAGC